CAGGCCCAAAUCAGAUAUGGGCUUUUUCAGGUCCAAAUCCAAGAACUAAGAGAUAGUAACUAUUAGGUUUAGGGUUAAUCAGCGGCAUUUUGCUCCCUUCAACAAAAUUCACAUCACAUUUCCUUCCAUACGCUCUCACUGUCGCUUGCAACAAUGCCUAAGCAAAUCAACGAGAUUAAGGAUUUCCUUCUCACUGCCAGAAGGAAGGAUGCAAGGUCAGUGAGAAUCAAGAGGAGCAAGGAUGUGGUUAAGUUCAAGGUCAGAUGUUCCAAGUACCUUUACACACUCUGUGUGUUUGACGUUGAGAAAGCCGACAAAUUGAAGCAAUCACUUCCUCCAGGUUUGAGUGUUCAAGACCUGUAGAGUUAUUGGAUGAGAAAUCAAGGAGAGGCAUCUGUUUCAUUCUUGUUAUAUUUGUUUCUCUGUAGCUGAAGUUUGAAUUUUUGUGAGUUGGUUUGUAUUUGAGAUCAUAGCCAGGAAAUGGUUUUUGUAAUUGAAAAUGAAAGAUUUUUAUGUCUGAUGGAACAUUUCAGUGCUAUGGAUUAGUUGUGUUAAAUUAACUUAUGUAUUUUAUAUUUACAUGUGUUUGUGUUUCUGGGAUAA